UCGACGAGCGUAGGCGCGCAACCUGCGGGAAGCUGGGACGCCUGUUUGGUCUCUUGGCCUUGUAGGCGGGACGCUGGGGUCCAACACCAGUCGUUCGAGACCUGUGUGCAGGUUAGGAGAGAGUCUUUGGGGCUCGUUCGCAGAUCUAGACCGCUCUUUUGUGGGCUCGCGGCCCGGAAGUUUCUGGGCGGUACUAAGCAGGGAACAUCUAGUAAAGGACCUGAUAAAAAGGACCCUCGUUUAUGGUGGGAGCUGGCUGAACUAGAGAAUGAUUGACAUAAGCAAAGGCAGAGGAUGGGAGCGAAUCAAAAUAUGAGACUUAAAGAUGUUUGGUUUGGACAGAUUUUGUGUUUUGGCAAGUCUUCAAGAACUGUUGGAUUUUACUACCUUUAAAACCACCCCAAAACUGUAAAGAAAAAUUAGGAUCUUUUAAACAGUUGCUAUUACUGGGACAGCUGGGUGUCUCAUUCAGUUAAACGUCCUGCUCUUGAUCUCAGCUCAGGUCUUGACAGCGGGUUGUGAGUUCAAGCCCUUCAUUGGACUCCACGAUGGGAGUGGAGCCUACUUAUAAAUAAAUAAAAAUAAAGUUGCUACUACUUAUGUAUCUUAUCUAUAUAUCCUUUGCUCUCCUUUGUAAUAAUCUAAUUGGGUAGGGUGGGGUUUAAGCAUUUUGGCAUUUAUCAUCUAAUUUAAUCUUCUCUCCAAUCCUGUGAAGAUACUUGGUGGUAUCAUUCCUAUUAAUAGACUGGACCCAUCAGUUGUGAUGCGUAGCUUCAUCAGACUUGGUUCUAAGUGUCUUUAAGCUAUUUACAAAACUCAAAGAUGUGCCAGGGAUUCUCAAGGCCUUUAAAAAUAAACUUCAAGAAAGGUUCUGGGGAUGUGGCGGGAGCUUGAGGCACGCAGGGCCGGAGACGCCGCAGACCCGGGACCCGGAGCAGCUCGGAGGCGGUGAAUAAUAGCUCUUCAAGUCUGCAAUAAAAUGGCCUCCAAUAAAACUUCAUUGCAAAAAAUGGGAAAGAAACAGUAUGGAAAGAGUAAAAAAGUAGAAGAGGCAGAGCCUGAAGAAUUUGUGGUGGAAAAAGUACUGGACCGACGUGUAGUGAAUGGGAAGGUGGAGUAUUUCCUGAAGUGGAAGGGUUUUACAGAUGCUGACAAUACUUGGGAACCUGAAGAAAAUCUAGAUUGUCCAGAGUUAAUUGAAGCAUUUCUUAACUCUCAAAAAGCUGGUAAAGAAAAAGAUGGUACAAAAAGAAAAUCUUUAUCUGACAGUGAAUCUGUUGAUAGCAAAUCAAAGAAGAAAAGAGAUGCUGCUGAUAAACCAAGAGGCUUUGCCAGAGGUCUUCAUCCUGAACGAAUAAUUGGUGCCACAGACAGCAGUGGAGAAUUAAUGUUUCUCAUGAAAUGGAAAGAUUCAGAUGAGGCAGACUUGGUGCUGGCAAAAGAGGCAAACAUGAAGUGUCCUCAAAUUGUAAUUGCUUUUUAUGAAGAGAGACUAACUUGGCAUUCUUGUCCAGAAGAUGAAGCUCAAUAAUUGUUUGCAUUGCUAUAUAUAUAUAUAUAUGAAACCUGGGUCUUUGUUUUUUGAUUUAUUAGUGUGAAGAAAUAACAUUCUAAUGAAAAUCAAGUUUGAUAUGUUUGUUUUGAAGUAGUAUUGGGGGAGUUGUUGGGGGUUUUGCAUCUAUAGCACUGGUUACUUUAAACAAAUAAAAGCUUUCUGUAGUUGCUUCCUUUAUCGGAAAA